AUGUCUGGUGGAAGAAAGAAAAAUAUUUUAAAAGUCAUUAUAUUAGGUGACUCAGGUGUUGGUAAAACAUCUCUUAUGCAAAGGUAUGUUAAUGGUAAAUAUUCACAGCAAUAUAAAGCUACCAUAGGUGCUGAUUUUUUAACAAAAGAAGUUACAUUAGACGAUAGCAGCAGUCAUGUCAACAACAGCAAUAGCAAUAAUAACAGCAAUAAUAAUUUUAAUAAUGAUAAUAGCCGUACUCAACAUAAUAACAAUACUAGCAACGGCAGUAAAACUGCUACAUUACAAGUAUGGGAUACUGCAGGACAGGAAAGAUUUCAAUCAUUAGGUGUUGCCUUUUAUCGUGGUGCAGAUUGUUGUGUUCUAGUAUAUGACGUUACCAAUUUAAAAUCAUUUGAAAACAUUAAGGUGUGGAGAGACGAGUUUUUAUUACAUGCAAAUGUUAGUUCCCCAGAAACUUUCCCCUUUGUUAUAUUGGGUAAUAAAAUUGAUGUGGAUGAAGCCAAAAAAGUAGUUAGCGCCAGACAAGCUCAAGAUUUAGCCAAAGGUUUAGGUGACAUUCCUUUAUUCUUUACUAGUGCUAAAAGCUCAAUAAACGUUGAUAUAGCAUUUGAAGAAAUAGCUAGGAGUGCCUUACAACAAAAUCAACUAGAAGACGAUAUGUUCGAAGACGAUUUUAACGAUGCUAUCAAUAUCCAAUUAGAUAACGGACCAAGUUCUUGUCAGUGUUAA